UUAACAUCUAAGACCAGUCUAGUAGUUCUAUUUGGCAUCAUGGUAUAAAGCCUUGGGCUAAGACCACCAGUUCUGAUCUAGUGUUUAAUCUGCACUUUCUUUCUGCCUAUAUCUCAAACAUCCAUCACAAACACUAAAAUACUUUAUAUCAAGGCACGUAUUUUAGGAGUUGCCAACAAUGCCUUCUCUCAAAACAGUUAUUUUGGGCUUCAUGGCCGCGAGCAUCGCGCUGGCUGGCCCAAUCGUACAUCCCGGGUCCGUCGACAUGCAACGGACCAUCAUGGCACGCGACGGCAACACGGCGGACCCGAUUUCCGGGUCGCUAGAGGUGCCGGUCAUGGACGAGCAGGACCAGGUGAUCACUGCCAGUUCCGAGCUCGAUGACAAGCAUGGAGGAUUGGAAGCGCGCCAGUCCCGCACCUCACAGCAAAGAAAAGCCGGAACACGACCAUCCUCUGGAGGAAAAGGACGCGGAGGGCGCGGAGGGGCAACGACAUCAACCGGAUUGAAUGUACCAAAGGGUACCAGGUUGAAUCCGGGAAUCCUUCAGGCGGUAGCACCCCCGGCGUUGCCUGUGAGUUCCGGCAGAAAGAUAUCGGGGGUCCUACUGGAUCGUGAUGCGGGAGACCGCAAGUCUCGCGCUGCGGAGAAAGCAAAAGGCGGAACGCGAAAAACUACCGGGGAGAAACCACGCGGUGGAAGAACAGAUGGUGGGGGCAGAACAACGAUACCUUUUAACCCAAAGCCAGAGAGGAUAUCUCCGGAUAUCCUUGCGCAGAUAUCUCGACCGCCGCCGUUGGAGGUCACAUCUACUAGAAGGAUACCGGACUCUUUACUUGGUCCUUCCCUGCCUAAAUGAAGCACGCUAGGCGUUUGUGAUCUCGGCUGUAGAACGAAGAUUUACCCGAGGAAACAAUGGAUAUCCCGUCGAGGUGGCCAGUGAACUUUUGCAGAAACAUGUCGGGAUUAUACUUGAUUGAGGCGGUGACAGUGAGGCUGCACAGGGUUGAUGGAUGG